AGAUGAAACGGCGACGUUUUUCCUUUUUUAUUCAAAACGUCGUCGUUCUUCCUAGGUUAUUACAUGAGCAUCCUAUCCUGGCUCUCCAGCCUUGGCAUUAUCAAUUCUCACGUGUAUAUAUAUACAAAUAACCUCAUCUGUAGAGAGAGAAAACGGUGAAAUGGACGAAGAAGAGCACGAGGUGUACGGAGGAGAGAUCCCCGACGAGGGCGAAAUGGAAGGAGACAUGGACGCUCACAACGCCGACGUCGAUAUGGCCACCAACGACGACGACGCUGUGAAGGAGCUGGAUGAGAUGAAGAAAAGGCUGAAGGAGAUGGAGGAGGAGGCAGCGGCUCUUCGUGAGAUGCAAGCUAAAGUGGAGAAGGAAAUGGGCGCUGUUCAAGAUCCUGCUAGUGCGGCUGUUACUCAAGCAAACAAGGAGGAGGCUGAUUCACGGUCGGUGUUUGUGGGCAAUGUGAGAAUCAGAUUCCUUUCUUCUGUUCAUACUUCUCCUUUUUCUAAAAUACUAUUCUUUUAUGAAGUAUGAACAUGUGUCUGAUAUAUUGUUUUUUUAUUUAUAUAUCCAAAACAAAAAUGUCUGAUAUACGGUUUUCUUGGAAUUGCAUCAGUAGUUUUUUUUUUUUUUUAAUAUCUCUAAUUGGCUGGAACUUCUUGUUUUAAUCAAUCAAGGAACUUACAAUCAAACAUUUAUGCAGUCA